UCACGCGUCACCGCUUGUUUGUCUUCCGUCCUGCUUUGACGUGUUUAGCUCCGUCCCGACUGGCGUUAUUAGCAGUUCUUACCGGCGCAGGGAGCGUUAUAACCAGCGGUUCCGACCCGAACAUGUCCGAGGGGCGGCUGAGGAGGAGUUAAUGGUCAUAGUGAGGGUUUUCAGCGGGUGUCAGGAUGAACUGGAUUUUCCCGCUGUCUAAGGGCUCGGGAGCGAUUCCGCCUCUCAACAGUCUGCAGAAACAGAAGCAGCGGCAGAUCGAGUCGCUUAAAGCCGCGCAUCCGACCAUCGCCGAAAUCCAGAAAGAUGUGGAGUACCGGAUUCCUUUCACCGUCAACAACUCGACCAUCAGCGUCAACAUAUUGCUUCCACCACAGUUCCCUCAGGAGAAGCCGGUCGUCACUGUGUAUCCUCCCGUCGGUCAUCACGUAGUGGACGGGAACAACGGCACCGUGGUCACCAGCCCCCUCAUCGCCAACUUCGGGAUGCAUUCGGACCUCGGGAAGGUGAUCCAGAGCUUGCUGGAUGAGUUCUGGAAGAGUCCGCCGGUCCUGAUGUCGGGCGCGCCCGCCUUCCCUUUCAUGUACAAACCUCCGUACCCCGCGCAGAAUUUUCAUUUCGUCCCCGCCUUCCCGAGCCAGGACCCCCAGCGGCCCGUCGUCCCCGCCCCUCUCCCACCGCCCCCGGGGUCGGAGUUACAGCAGGCGCCGUGCCGCGCCCCGGCCUACGGGCUGAUCACGGACCUCCCGCUGCCCGUCCCCAUGGCCGACUCUCAGACUGGACUGAACGGACACAUGUACAAGAUGCCUGAAAUCCCAGACACAUUUCCAGAACUUUCUGAGAUGAGUGUGUCUCAGCUGAAGGACAUGAGCGAUAGUGAGGACGUGCUGCUGGAGUAUUUCGUAUGUCUCCCUCAGCUCAAGCAGGUCUCCAGCGAUAAAGAGGACCUGGUGAACACCAUCGUCACUGUGGCCAAAAAGAAUCUGCAGCUGGAGCCUCAGCUGGAUGGGAAGAGACAGGAGAUGCUGUACAAAUAUGAGCAGCUGACCCAGAUGAAGUCAACGUUCCAGACAAAAAUGCAGAGACAGCAUGAGCUCAGUGAGAGCUGCAGCCUGAGUACCCUGCAGGCAAGGUUAAAGGUCGCGGCCCACCAGGCCGAGGAGGAGUCUGAGGAAACGGCAGAGAACUUUCUGGAAGGAAAGAUGGAGAUCGAUGACUUUCUCACCAGCUUCAUGGAGAAGAGGACGCUUUGCCACAGCAGAAGAGCUAAAGAAGAAAAACUGCAGCAGACCAUCGCGGUGCACGGACCGUUCCCUUCUGCACACUAGGCUCACUACUGUUUUUUUUGUUCCCAGGUUUCGGCACUACGGCAGAACGCUCAGCCUCACGACAAAGACCAAGCAACGCAGAUCCAAAGUUCUCCUGCUCCCGACCGGGCCUCAGCCGAGGGGCAGAGCGUGACGGGCGCGAGCUGAUGCCGAAUUUCCUGAUUAACGAAACGCAAGCGACAGUGUUGUACGAGCGCUUGGUGUCCUGGAUGGGCUUCAGCGAGGUUGUAGCAGGCUGUAAUUCAGAGUAUUAGGCAGUGGGGUUCGAGGUCUCAUUAGCACACACUUUGAAUAGUGACGAGGGGUUUCUUUGGGUUUGGACCGCACUUGCACUUGAUGGAGAAUCUGAAAUUUGCUGAUGCUGCCAGAUACACCAGAAAAAAAACAUUACUGUAUUUAAUAAUGUUGAUAAUAGGCUUUAUUAUAAUCAGACAUUGUAUUAUAAGUUUAUUUAAUUUGAUAGGCUAAUAAAAUAUUUCCAAUAAUCA